CCACCUUCUGCACUUAACAAGUCAAGCCCUCAUGCUGAGUUGCAUCACAGCUCUGCUCCCAGACGCACUCGCAAAUAAGACCAGAAUAACAUUUUCUCCGUACUGAAAUAUAAAGAAGCGAAGGAGUAACGUUUGUAAAUGACAAGAUGUUACAAUUCAGGAGAAGCGUUGAAGCCGAAAAACAUCAAUUACAGGAGCUCAACAACAGACUGGGCCAGUACCUGUCAAGAACAAUGCAAUUGGAGCAUGACAACGCAAUCCUCAUAACUGAAAUAAACAAGAUAAGACAAGAGAAGACAGUGGAAUGGGACAACCAAUGUAUGGCCGAAAUGCGGGACCUGAGGAGAAUGGCGGGGCAACUAUCUUUUGAAAAGUCCCGAGCCGAGACUGAACGAGAGAAGGUUUGGCAAGAGUUUCAGAUGUUACAGUUGAUGUGUUGUGAGGAGCAGGUAGUAUGCAAAGACAUAGGUGGAGAGCUAAAAGGUUGCGAGAAGCAGCUUCAUAAAGCUCAACAGACCAAUGGGGAACUUGAAGAACGUCUGUUCCAGCUUGAGAACGAGUACAAAUUCAUUGAGGAUGCACACAGACAAGAAAUGACCACGCUCCGGAGUCAGGUGCAUUCACGACCUAUUGUUACCCAAACCUACCAUGGUCCUUCAGCGGUCUCGAUGGAAGAGAUGCAACAUUAUGCCCUUAGCCUGUCCGAAGGAUGGACUGACACCUUAGAGGUGUAUCGAAGGAAGGUCGAAGAUAUGGAGGAAUCGAUCAACGCGGACCAGACGAGACUGGAUGAUCUCCAAAGGGAAAAGAUGCAGUAUGCCUCAGAGUUUGACAAAUUACGUAAAGAGGCUGAAAAGCAAGGUCAGAUUCAAAUACACCUGGAGGAACAGCUCAUAUAUAUGCAGGAGAACUUCCACGGGGACAUCACCCAGUAUCAGGUGAUUAUUGAUCAGUUGGAGCGGGAGCGGGAAAUGUUGGCCAACACCAUGGCAGAAAAGGUCAGAGACCACCAGCAGCUACUGCAGGUCAAGAUGGAUCUGGGCAUGGAGGUGGCUUACUACAGGGCGCUUAUUGAAGGAGAUCAUCAGCAGCAUCUGCAGUCAAGAGGAAGAGUCAUAGAUAUUAAGAUGAUGCCUCCACAACAGUACAAACCAAGAGUUUUCACAUCAACCAGACAGGAUGUAAGGAAACAUCUGGAUGUGAAAUACAUGGAGCCAACCUCAAGCUUGAGAAGAUCACCUGUUCCAUCUCAGUAUGGUCACACCAGUCCUUCCAGGGUCAUACCUAUCUCAGUCACAGGCAGCAGCUACAACAGGAAUCAGAGUCCUACCACCAGAAGGGACAUGGUCUCAUUCACUAAAUCCCAGUCUGCAUCCUCAAGCUCUUCCUCCACUACCGUUAAACCUGUGGCCCAGAGUACGGUCAGGAAAAAUAUAGAUGCUCAGAAGAAAGUUGUGGAGGAGAGGAGUGUGAGAAUCAAAGAGGUGUCACAACACUCAGCUAAGGAUUCUCUUGACCAUUCUCGAGGCACAGCAAACACAUCCAGUCCCAUUGCCUCACCCACUGCUGACCCCAAUUCAGUAAGAAUAGUGUCACCACCAAUGAUGAGUCUUAGCAGAAACACAGAGGACAGCAAAAAGAAAGCAGAGAGGCAAGUUGAAAGAGAGGUGAGAGGAGAUGCAUUUGGUCUUCAGAAUGUCAAGAUGCAUGCCAAAGAUGGCAGCAUUACAGCAACCACGACAAGUGAUAAGAUGGUCCUAGACUCUGUGUCUAUGGAGGAACUCAUUGAGAAGGUCAUGAAACCUGCUGGUUUGGAUCGAAAGGUCUGCAGCUCAUCUCCAGACUCCAAGAUCACUUACCAUGUGGAGAAAACGGAGAAGGAGGACGGGUCAACAAAGACACAGAUUAUCCUGGAGUCCAAGGUGCAGGAGGAGCUGGAUAUGUCAGAGGACUUUGCACUGGAGGAACUUCUCAGCAAGGAAGUGAAACACGUGUCACUGGAGGAUAUCAAGGGCACUGCAACAGGAAACAUGAUUCAGAAUCUGCUCAGCCUUGGGCUGCAUGGAGGAGAGGACAUGGGAAACAAGACUGUCAAUGUGGAGAUCAUCGAGGAACCAGUGGAGGGUUACAGUGACGAGGAGUACGAGUUUGAGGAGAAGUCCACACCCAAGUUCUCCCAGCCCUCUUCAAUGUUCUUUCAGAUUGAAGAACUAGAGAAUGACCCUCACGGCACCAUAUACCAUGAGAGUGGUGCUGAAGUAAUGAAAACCUCCAUGACAGCAGCAAACUAUGGCAGUAAUGGUGGAUCUGUGAAGGUCCAGGAAGACUUCAGAGAUAGUGAAUCUCCAUACUACAGCCACAACCAAGAGUCUCAAGAGUAUUUUGUCUCCACACCUGAUGGAAAUCUGUCAGAGCCUGAGGAGGGUGGUGGUAUAGCAUCAUAUGGACAUGGUGAACGACCCUCCAGUGGUGGACGAAUGGUGGACGACUUUUCAGAUGAAAGGUACUACCAGGAGAGGGAAGUCUCAAAGAACAGAAUUUUUGUUGAGGAAAGCGAUAGUUACAGACCUGCAUCGGACAGCCAGUACAUGAAAGAUGACCACUCCUUGGCCCAAAAUAGUUACUCAGAGUGCAUCAUUGAAGAGGAGACCAUCCGUGUCUCCCCCACAGUGCAGGAGUCAAUGCUUGGAUAUCUGAGAGAGGAAACUUUACACCCCAAAGAGCAGCUGAGGGGAGCCCUAGAGCAGCUCCAAGGAACAGUGUCAGGGAGCCUGAAAGAAGAGUUGGCUCUCCUCACAAGACGCGGCAGUGAUAGUCCUCAGAACAUAUCUGUGGACAUAAAAAAAGUACACCAGUCCUCUGACAACGGAACCACGACUAUUGUGGCAGAGCUCAAGAGCUCAACAACUCUAGAGGACUCUGGGCAGCUGGGGGAGCAGGGGGAUGAUGUAUCUGAGGAGCAGAUCAUGGCGGCUCUAUGCGCCUCCAACCUUGGAGCAGAGGGAGGAUACACCCUGGACACAAAGGAGAUGUGCUGGGUGACUAGCAGUGAGGGACAGGGAGGAGAGUCCUCAACUGAUGUCACUGAGAAGCACAUCAAGCUGAGGCAAUCAGAGAAGUCAUUCCCCUUCCAGAUGGAUGUAAAUAAUGGCCAAGGACAGGAUCCCCCACUGAAGGUCACUCAUAAGAAAAGAGUUGCCACAGUCUAUCUUGAAUCUAAUGAAGAUGAGUUCUGAUUCAAAUGAGAUAUUUUUAUUAUAAUACUCCCCAUAUUAAGUCACACACCAGUCAAUCAGUUGCAACGAACUGUAAGGUGAUGUUAUUCGAUGUGAUACAUAAAUUGCUAUGCCUACAAUUGUGAAAGAGUACAAAUUAUAGCCACUGCAUAUAUAUAUAAAAGGUUUUAAUAGCAUUUGUUACCCAUUUUCAAAUGUCUCUCUGCUUCUUUUUAAGAAUAUGUUAUAUUCAUUUCCUGCUAUAUUUUUGUACUAACCUGUACCACAGAAUAGGGCUGUCUUUUUGUCUGAGAUACUAUAACCAAAUAUGGAACAAUGCUAAUAUAUCCUCCAUUGUUAUGGUUAAUGUUGCAGUUUUAAAACAUGUUCAACAUCUACAGUAUGUAUCUAGAAAACAAACAUUAUACCUAUUGUUUCCUGUAAUGCCAUGUUAUUUUUAACCACAUUUAAAACUAGUGGUUUGUUACUGAGGGAGUUCCUGUUGUUAAUAAGGUUGUUAAUGCUUAUUAAUUGUUAAUGCUUGUUAAUGCUAAUGAUGGCUAUAUUUGAAUGUGUUUAUGAUCGGGGACAAAAGUAUGUGUAUCAUGUCUUGUCAAAUGAAAUCUACUCACUAUUAAUCAUUUGAAUUGGAAAGAAAAAAAGAAAAAAAUCUAAUGCAAUUCUAAAUCAGAUGGGUUGUAUUCGAGUGAUUCUGAUCACCACUUAACAAAACCACUAAACCUUUUCUACACGUUUGACAUUACUAUUAAGUUUCUAAACGUUGUACCCUCAAAAGGGUUUUAUAGUUUAUCCGGUUCCCUCACCAUGAUCUUUUAACCUGUAAAUGGCUUUAGAGGGAACAAGAAGAAAUCCAACCAUCUUGAAUUCCAAAGAGAGGUGUUUUUCUCUGCUUGUAGAGACACUGGUAGCAAGACAGACAUACUGUAAACAAGGUGGAGUGAACUUAAGGAAAGGAGAGACAGAACUUAAGGAAAGGAGAGACAGAACUUAAGGAAAGGAGAGACAGAACUUAAGGAAAGGAGAGACAGAACUUAAGGAAAGGAGAGACAGACAACUAGAGAGAGAAGCUGGAGAUACGCAUAUGGUUAAUGUCUGAGAUAAGACCUGUACAUCUACACUGAACAAAAAUAAACACAACAUGCAACAAUUUUAAAGAUUUUACUGAGUUACAGUUCAUAUAAGGAAAUCAGUCAAUUUAAAUAAAUCUAUGGAUUUCACAUGACUGGGGAUACAGAUAUGCAUCUGUUGGUCACAUAUACCCUAAAAAAGAGUAGGGGCGUGGAUCAGAAAACCAGUCAGUAUCUGGUGUGACCACCAUUUGUCUCAAUCAGAGCGACACAUGUCUGGUGAGUAUACAGUCCAUAGAAGAACUGGACCAUUUUCUGCUUCCAGAAAUUGUGUACAGAUCUUUGCGACAUGGGGCCGUGCACUAUCAUGCUGAAACCUGCUGAGGUGAUGGCGGCGGAUGAAUGGCAAGACAAUGGGCCUCAGGAUCUCGUCACUGUAUAUCUGUGCUUUCAAAUUACCAUCAAUAAAAUGCAAUUGUAUUCAUUGUCCAUAGCUUAUAUCUGCCCAAACCGUAACCCUCCUCACAACAUGGAUAUCAGCAAACCGCUCGCCCACACGAUGCCAUACACUCUGUCUGCCAUCUGCGCGGUACAGUUGAGACUAGGAUUCAUUCAUGAUAAGCACACUUCUGCAGUGUCACAGUGACUAUUAAAGGUGAGCAUUUGCCCACUGAAGUCAGUUACAAUGCCGAACUGCAGUCAAGUCAAGACCCUGUUGAGUACGACGAGCACACAGAUGAGGUUCCCUGAGAUUAUUUCUGAUAGUUUGUGCAGAAAUUCUUCAGUUAUGCAAACCCACAGUUUCAUCAGCUGUCCGAGUGGCUGGUCCCAGACGAUCCCACAGGUGAAGAAGCCGGAUGUGGAGGUUUUGGGCAGGCGAGGUUACACGUGGUCUGCGGUUGUGAGGACAGUUUGAAGUAUUGUCAAAUUCUCUAAAACAAUGUUGCAGGCAGCUUAUUGUAGAGAAAUUAACAUUCAAUUCUCUGGCAACAGCUCUGGUGGAUAUUCCUGCAGUCAGCAUGCCAAUUGCAAGCUUCCUCUAAACUUGAGACAUUUGUGGCAUUGUGUGAUCAAACUGCACAUUUUAGAGUGGCCUUUUAAUGUCCCCAGCACAAGGUGAGCCUGUAUAAUGAUCAUGCUGUUUAAUCAGCUUCUUGAUAUGCCACACCUGUCAGGUGGAUGGAUUGUCUUGGCAAAGGAGAAAUGCUCACUAACAGGGAUGUAAACAAAUUUGUUCACGACAUUUGAGAGGAGUAAGCUUUUUGUGAGUAUGGAACAUUUCUGGGAGCUUUAAUUUAAGCUCAUAAAAUAUAAAACACUUU